AUGUCUUCUCAAAUCCAGUCCGUUCAUACACCAUCGGUAUCGUUGAGUAAAUAUCGCGACCAACAUUUCAAGGGCUCGCGCCACGAACAGGAAAAACUUCUGCGACUUUCCUGCACACUGUACGUGGGUAACCUAUCGUUCUACACCACCGAAGAACAGAUACAUGAGCUCUUUUCUCGGUGUGGAGACGUGCGGCGUAUCAUUAUGGGGCUGGAUAAAUUCAAGAAAACACCUUGUGGAUUUUGCUUUGUGGAGUAUUACUCACGGUUAGAUGCGGAGAGUGCGAUGCGAUACAUCAACGGUACACGGUUGGACGAUCGAAUCGUGCGAGUCGAUUGGGAUGCUGGAUUCAUCGAGGGCCGUCAGUAUGGGCGGGGUAAAACGGGGGGACAGGUGCGCGACGAAUACCGGCAGGAUCACGACUUGGGCCGGGGUGGUUACGGCAAGAUGGUACAGAUGGGCCAACUGGGCGCUCCGUCAAUGCGCGAAUAG